UGCUCACGCGAAACGUAAACGCGAGCACCUAAAAACCUCCGUGCUCCGUUAGCAAACGGCACUUGGAGGAAACAACCUCCACUGGCUCGGAAGAGUAAAAGGAAUCAAACGACGGCGAUAUUGCGGAAAAAGCCCGGAAGUGCGCCAUACAAAAAGAGCCGGCUUUGGGUUAAAAAAGAAAAAUUAACGGAAGCGGCCAAGCUGCCGUUCCACGCGACUUCUCUCUGCCUCACCUCCUAAUAAAAACGCUCUUCUUCAAGCGCUGAUAAUGACGUGCCCCUCGUUCUCGUUACCCGAAAGCUACAGCUGCAGCUGCGUCCCUCAGCUCCCGUAGCUGUUAGUUACAGAUAUUCUAUUCCAUUCUAGAGAGAGAAAUAAACAAGAGAGUUAUAUUUCACACCCGAAAUCUAGACAUAGAAAAAGCAAGAAGCAUCAAAAGGCAAAGAAAAAAAAAAUAGACAAACCUCCGUAAUCUCAAAGCUAUUAGAGAGAGAGACAGAUGAUGAACAUGCGUUUUUGUAUAUAAAUAUGUAUAGAAACAGAAUUUGAGAAUCGUAAAUCGUCGUGAAUGCGAUUUUUUCCUUGAGAAGGUAUUGAUUCGAUUGAAGGAGGAGUUGUUAAUAGCGCCAUCGAAGAAUGCUGUUUUUUGGUCUUGAUUUUUCCCAAUUAUGUAUAGUCUGCUGUUGCUGGAUCUGAUUUGUUAUGCCAAUUCAUGUCUCUUAUGUUUUUGUCGAUUUGUUUAUGGUGAAUUUCGUCGUGUUUGGAGCAAUCGGUUUGAAUGGAGAAUCUAGCAGAUCGGCGAGAUCUGUUUUUGUAUUUAUGACUUCUGUUUUAUAAAUCUCUGAGAUUUUGUUUCCUUCUUUGAUCCAGAUUUGACUUGAAUUGCAGAUAUAUUGAACUUUAAACGAGAAUGCAAGGUAAAGUUUAUGCGUAAGCUAGCAAAGCUUGAGAUGAGGAGAAUGUAAUUUGCACGUCUGUGUAAAGUGUUUGAUAUGGUUGUAGGGGAAGCGAUUUCGAUUCAGGAGAAUGAGAGGGCUAAAAGUGCGGAUCUGGAGAAUUCUGAGGAAGGGAAACGAAGAACUAGAUGCAGGUCUCUGAAGAAAAAGGCAAUGAGUGCAUCUACGAGGCUCACUCAUAGCCUCAGGAAGCGCGGCAAGCGGGUGGCGGAUUGCCGCUACGCGGCGAUUUCAGUCAAUGAUGUUCGGGACGCAGAGGAGGAAGCGGCUGUAAAUGUGUUUCGCCAGGCAUUGAUUGAAAAAGAUUUGCUUCCGUCUCAGCACGACGAUUAUCACACUUUAUUGAGGUUUCUAAAGGCUCGAAAAUUUGACCUCGAGAAAACACUGUUGAUGUGGUCACAAAUGCUCAACUGGAGGAGAGAGCAGGGAAUAGAUUCUAUCAUACAGGAUUUUAUAUAUGAUGAAUAUGAAGAGGUUCAGCAAUAUUACCCUCAUGGUUACCAUGGUGUAGACAAAGAGGGUCGACCUGUUUAUAUAGAAAGACUUGGCAAAAUUGAACCUAGCAAGCUAAUGAGUGUCACCACAGUGGAUCGGUUUCUAAAAUAUCAUGUUCAGGGAUUUGAGAAGACUUUUGCUGAGAAAUUUUUUGCAUGUUCUAUUGCAGCCAAGAGGCAUAUAGAUUCCACUGUAACAAUAUUGGAUGUGCAUGGUCUGAAUUGGAUGAGUUUUGGAAAGGUUGCACAUGAUCUAGUUAUGCGUAUGCAGAAGAUUGAUGGUGACAACUAUCCUGAGACAUUGCAUCAGAUGUUCAUUGUAAAUGCUGGUAGUGGAUUCAAACUGCUAUGGAACACAGCAAAAAGUUUUCUUGAUCCAAAGACUACUGCAAAAAUAAAUGUUUUAGGCAAUAAGUUCCAAAAUAAGUUGUUAGAAGUUAUUGACUCAAGCCAAUUGCCAGAAUUCCUUGGUGGAUCUUGUUCAUGCGCAAAUGAAGGCGGUUGUCUUAGGUCUGACAAGGGGCCCUGGAAUGAUCCAGAAAUAAUGAAACUGGUACAUGCUGGAGAAGCAAUGUGCUUGAGGAAAAUGAAGAGUUUUUCUGAUGAAGAUGAUUUUGAAAUCAUGCCUUUUUCCUCUAAGGUUUCCAGAAGUGAAACAUCUUCUGAUAAUUCAGGCUUAGAUAUAAAGCCAGGUACAUCAGGCUUCAUCCAACAAAUGCCACUUUCUGAGGAAGGAACGAGGGGUGAUCCUGCUUCUACCUGCAGCCUGAUCGAACACAUUCCAGCAAGAGUUGAAGACUCUAGUUCUAUAAAUGAUUCAACCAAUGGUGUCAGUACAACAAUGGUGCAGAAGAAGUUCAUUCCCCAUCUAACAACUUUUGUAAUUCAAUUCAUGCUCAAAUUGUUAGCAUGGGCAUAUCUUCUUGUACCAGUGGUGGGGAGACUUUUUGCAGCACGACAUGCAGAUAGACAAUUACCUGACCGACAUAAUCCACCAUUGGCAGAGUCAAAUUCUCAAGGGCAGCAGAUCUCACAGGAAAUAAAAGAGGACACACUCCAGCCAUGCUGGCAGAGGUUGCAACAUAUAGAGACAAUGGUAAAUGAGCUGGUUAACAAACGUGCCAAAAUUCCUCCCGAGAAAGAGGACAUGCUUCUUGAAUCAUUGAGUCGUAUUAAAUCUAUAGAACAUGAUCUACAGAAGACGAAGAGAGCUCUGCUUGCAACUGCAUCAAAACAGGUGGAGCUUGCCGAGUCAUUUGAAAAUCUAAAAGAGAGUGCCUUAGCAGGAGUGAACUCAUGUUGGCCAAGAAAUUGCAGAACCUUUUCCCCAGAUAGAUGAGAUGUAUUUCUUUCAAAAACAAGUUUGUUGAUGUUAUUGCAGAAUGCCCCUGUGAUUCUUGAGCUUCACUCAUAACCAGAUACAAAGUAGCUCAGUAAAUUCAAAGGAAUUAGCCAUUCUAGGUCCUUACCCUGCACAGAUAAUAUCUCACUCUUCACCUGGCCAUGGAUUUUAAGAUAUUUCGGACGGCAUGGCGGUGAGCAUGACACACCUGUAUGGUAUUCCUCAUGUGUCUGUACAUAGCAAACAUCUUUUGUUCUCCUUAUUUUUUGUUUCUCAGUCUGAAAAUGGUAACCACAUUGAUAUUCAAAACUAAAUUCUCAUUUCAGAAGAGAGCUUUACUAGAAAAUUUUAUGAGUUGAGGCGAUUUUAAUGCACUAUUCACUGUUUCAGCA